AUGACCUCUCACUUAGCAGCAGAGCAGUUUAUUCUAAACAAGUGGAACCACAAAGAUGUUCAGACUCUUUGGUCUUCUCAUUUUAAUUAACACUGCACUGGCUGUGGAUGUUGUUCAGCCCAGUCUCCUGAUGAGGGUUCAGCUUGGAGACAGUGUGACCCUCACAUGCUUCUACUCAGAAGAUGCUUCAUAUGCUGCUUGGUUUAAGCAAGCUGUUGGUCAGAAGCCCCAACUCAUGGCAAAAAGAAAUGGCUACUCACCUGGUGAACUUUACAGUGAAUUUAAAAGCAUAAAACGUUAUUCUUUGCAGGAUGCAAAGGGGAGUUUUAACAUCUCUAUUUCCAACGCGGAGCCGUCAGAUUCUGCAAUUUAUUAUUGUAUUGCCUGGUUCUAUGCUGAAAUCUCAUUUGGAAAUGGAACCUUUGUCAUACUCACAGAUAAAGACUCCAACAGCAGGACUGUGGUACAGCAGCCUGUGUCUGACACAGUGCAGCCAGGAGACUCUGUGGACCUGCAGUGUACUAUAGAGGCUGGGAGCUGUGCAGGAGAACACAGUAUUUACUGGUUCAGACAUGGAUCAGGAGAAUCCCUUCCAGGAGUCAUUUACAGCCACAGAAACAGCAGUGAUGAGUGUGAGAAGAGCCCUGAGGCUGGAUCUCCUACACAGAGCUGUGUCUACAGCCUCCCCAAGAGGAACCUCAGCCUCUCUGAUGCUGGGACUUACUACUGCGCUGUGGCCAUGUGUGGGGAGAUGCUGUUUGGGAACGGCACACAGCUGGAUAUAGACGGCUAUAAGAACCUGCUGGAUCCUCUUCACUCUGGCUUGCUGAUAGUUUUAUCUUGCAGCAUUAUUCUGAACGUUGCCCUCAUUUGUAUAAGAUGUAAAAUGACCUGUACACACUGCGCAGAUGAAAAGAACAGUGAUAUAUCAAAAGUGGAAUGGUCACGCAAGCAGGAGGGCGAGGAAGGCGCCGCGGCCGCCCACGGGGUCGCGGUGCUGGCCUCGAUGGGUGCAAACGAUGGAAGUCAUCCAAUAGACUGGUGUCCAGAAUGUCGGUCCGUGGAACCCAUGACCGCUCUUCGGGGCCAAAGCCCUCCCAGUCCACCAGAUAUUGCAAACCCCCAGCCCGACGUCGGGAAUUCAGAAGAGCCCGAACCUGAUACACGGUGGAGCCAUCCUGCACACUCGGGGGCGGCGGAACUGCCACUGGUGCCUGCGAGUGGGCUGGACUGUAACGGACCGGCUUGA